AUGCAAGCUGCCUCGACAUUAGCUCUGCCGGCGUCGCCCGUGCAUGGCUCUGCGAUCUGCUGGUCGUACGAGAACCUGCUGGCUGCAGCGUUGGGCCCGCUCGUCGUUAUAACGAACCCGGCGAAUCUUAAAGGGCCACGUGGCUUCAUUCUGUUGCAGCCGUCGGAUUCUCUAGAUGCCCAGAUCAACGGCCACGUGGCUGACUCAGAUCUACCUGCCCCGGUGCUCACCUCCCUGCGUUCAUAUCUUCUGCUUUUCGUGUCUGUCCUUUUCCACCAGAUCUACCUGCCCCAGUCCUCACCUUCCUGCGCCUCCAUGCCAACUCCUCUCUCUCUGUCCGCUCCCUGUCCCAGAUGUCUCCUCACCUCUCUGCGUUCAUGUCUUUUGCCUUUCGUGUCUGUCCCUCCCGUCCGCCCUCAACUGCCAGAUCUACCUGCCCCAGUAUGCACCUCCCUGCUGUGUUCAUAUGUUCCGCGUUUGCCGCCUGUCCCUCUCGUCCGCCCUUCUCCACCAGAUCUACCUGCCCCAGUCCUCACCUCCCUGCGCCUGCAUGCCGACUCGUCUCUCUCUGUUCGCUCCCUCGCCUGGUCCCCACUGCUGCCCCACUCCAUACUGCAACACGGGUGCCAGCUGGCAGUGUGCUCCACGGACGGCCGCCUGAGAGUGUUCAGAGCGCCCGUGCAGGAGGCAGGGUCCAAGUGGAUCCAGGUGGCGGACCUCUCUGCCUCUCUUGCUGCUCAUUUGAGAGACGUGUGGCAGAGCCAGACAUGUGGCAGCAAUGAGAAGGUGACACGUGGCAGCGAUGAGAAGGUGACACGUGGCAGCAAUGGGAGACUGCCACGUGGCAGGGAAGACAAGGGGACACGUGGAACACAGGUGGACAAGAGGAAUGGGAGGGACGGCAGCAUUGCAGGUGGAACAGGGGGGAAAGAGAGUGAAGGCAGUGAGGAGGAGGAUGGGGAGGAGGGGGAAGAGUGGGGGGGAGAGGCAGAGGGGGAGGAGGAGGAGGAAGAGGAGGAGUCCGAUGAGGAGGAUUGGGAAGAGGAGGAAGACGAGAGAGAGGCGGGUAGGAAAGCUGGGAAAGCCGCAGCGGCAGCAGCAGCAGCAGCAGCAGCAGCAGCAGCGGCUUCAGGGGGAGGGGCAAAGAGGACAAAAUUUGCCGGACGGGCAGGUCUCAGUCCAGAGGAACCCGGCCAAUCGCAUUGCAUCGCGCCGACCCAGUUUGCCGCCCGGCACAAGCGGUUGUUUGCCACAUGUGCAGCGUGGUCCCCACUGAUGACGCUGACGUGGCAGAUGAACCAGCAAUGCACCGAUCAAGAGGAGGGAGAGAAAGGGGAGGGAAACGAAGGGGAGGGAAAGGAAGGGGAGGGAAGACGAAGGGACGGGAAGCAGGAGCAUGGAAUCCCCGUGACCUUCUCAUGCCUGGUCUCUGGAUCCCAUGACCAGCCUGUCGGCUGUUCUGCUCCCACACGCGUCUCAUCGUCACCCCAUUUCCCGUAUCUCUACCUCUCUUAUCCCAAUCUUCCUUCUCCCCGUUCCCCUCCCUCUCAGCUCGCCACCCCCAACGGCUCUCCAGUGACCAGCCUGUCGGCUGCUCUGCUCCCUCGUUCCAUUCCAACGGGUGUCUCAUCCUGCCCUCUCCACGGUGCUUCUAACCUUGACGACGCUGCUGCUGCUGCUGCUGCUGCGCCAGCAGCACCACGAGAAGCAGCAGCAGCACCUGCAGAAGCAACACCAGCAACAGCAGUUGUGGUGGUGGGAGCAGGGUGUGCGUCAGGGCAAGUAGUGGCAUGGUGGCUGCGGUGGGGAGAAGCGGGGAUGAGAGGGGGGCAGGGGAGGGGGACAGGGGGACAGGGGGGAGGCGGAGCUGCAACAGGGGGGAAUAUUAGCAACAAUGUGGAACCGGUGGGGGGAGUGGAGAAGAGGGGAAAGAGGAAGGGGAUUGGAGGAGUGGAUGGGUGGGUGAUGGGGGGAGGAUGGGCAGAUGCACAUGCAGCAGCGGUGACAGGGGUGCUGGUGGUGGUGCCAGGCAUGGGAUUAUCAGUAUCGGCAGCUCUCUACUCCUGCUCGCAGUGGGUGUGUGGGGGAGGGGAGAAUGGCGCAUGCAGCAGCGGUGACAGGGGUGUGCUGGCAGGGGGGCGAGGCAUGGGACUAACAGCGCUCUACUCCUGCUCCCAGACUGAUGGUGGUGGGGAUGAGAGGCAUGGGACUAGCAAGCAGCUCUCUGCUCCUGCUCCCAGUGCGGUGCAGUCGCUGUCAGUAGCGGACAAGUGGGCUGCGGAGGUCGACUCGAUCAAGUGCUGGUCAGUCAACCCUCCGCUCACCUUCUACAUCCGACUCAAGAACCAGCUACUGUUCAAGUGCUGCUCAGAAUCCAUGUUGUCGAUUCGAUCAAGUGCUGGUGAGGCUCCUUCUCCCUCCUCUCCUCCCUCCUCGCCCCCCGCGGACUUCCUUCCCCUGCGUCCUCUUCCCCUUCCCCGCGUCUCCUCCGCUCUCCUUCCCCCCCUUUCAGAGGGCUCCGAUGAUGGCACCACACAGGGCUCCGAUGAUGCCACCACACAGGUGAGACACAUAGAGGGUUGCCUGGUUAGACGACUGUUGAGACGUUGCAAAGCCCUUCCGCACCUCUCCUCCGCCCUCCCCUCCUCUUCCCCCUCCAAACCUCCUUCCCCUGCGCCUCUCCUCGCCCUCUCCUCCGCCCUCCCUCUCGCCCUUUCGGAAGGCUCCGAUGAUGCCACCACACAGGCCUCGCGCACUGACCCUUCUGACUUUGUCGGCUGUCACGGCCUUGCAUGCUCUCUCACCAUCCCAUCGUGCCUUGCCAUGCUAUCGUCAUGCUCCCACCAUCCCCUCUCUCCCAGGCCUCGCGCACUGACCCUUCUGACUUUGUUGGCUGUCACGGCCUUGCCUGCUCCCAUGGCUCCCAUGGCUCUCACGCCAUGCCAGGCUAAUUCCAAGCUCCCCUCCCACUAUCUCUCUCAUGCUCCCACCAUCCCCUCCCUUCGAUCCCUCCCAGGCCUCGCGCACUGA